AUGGCCGCUCGAUCCGCCCUCCUUCUCCUCGCCAUAAUCGUACCGGCCUGCGUAUCAGCAUUGCAAGUCACACCUAAUUCGCCAUGUGCGUCCUUCUGUCUGGACUCCAACGGUCUCGAUGCCUCGGACCCCAAUUCAUCCAACACCAAGGGCAAGGACAUAACUUGUGUGGACGACGAUUAUCAGACGGAGGCCGCUGGACAAAAGUACCAGCAGUGUUUGGGUUGUCUCCAGGACAGCACCUUUGUUCAGGGCAAUGAGAACGACCAAGACUGGUUUCUGUACAACUUGAGGUACUCCUUCGACUACUGCAUCUUUGGGUACCCCAAUGCCACCGGCGUAGGCUCCAACCCGUGCAUGACAUCUACGGCAUGCGGCGUGUUGGAGACUGCUCUCAUAGACGGGGUAUUGGAUCCGACAAAAUCAUCACAGUACUCGUACUGCGAUGCGGACGGCGGUGCUAUGCUUGGCUCGGCCUACGACAAGUGCCUGUCUUGCGUAAGGGCAGGUGGUGACCAUUAUUAUCUGUCAAAUUACCUUGUUGCCCUUGAAGCUGGUUGCCGGCAGAGACCAGCCCCAGGCACGCUGGUCGGCCUCAACGACACCGUCUUCACAAAUGGCAUCAUCACAAUCGUUGACCCAAAGGAUGCAGCAGAUGCUGAUAAAGAUAAGACUCACACUCUCCCCAUGACAGCCAUCGUGGGCAUCGUCAUCGGAGCUAUCGUGGCACUCCUCCUGGUUGCUGGCUGCACCUUUAUCCAUUGCCGCAAACGCAAGGCGCGGAGGGAAGGCCGCGGCAUCAAUCCCGAGCUCUCUCGCCGCGCCAAGGGCCACCGUCCGGCAUCAUCCCUCUCUUUUCGCUGCCAGACGCACCUGACACCCAAGGAACCGCACUUCUUCCCCAUCGAAGAAGAAGAGGCGCAAAAUGAAAAGCAUCACUACGAAUCCAUGCAGCAGCAACAUCAACAGCAGCAGGAGCAAGAUAUGACCCCAAGUCCCGUGACGACGAAGCCCAACCUCUGGAUGCCGCACAACUCCAUCACCUCCUUCAGCGCCGCAGACCAAAUCCCCUACACCGACAAGAAGCCCACGCAAAAGGAGCCCCUGGCCCUGGCCAACAUCACCACGAGCCUCCCCAUCAUCCCCGUUAAGGCACACUCGCCAAAAUACAACAUGGCAUCCCCCCAAGACGAGUACGCCACACCCACAUCCACGACCUCCGCCGUCCCGCUGCUCUCCUUCAGGUCCUACGUCCCCUCAGAGCACGGCUUCUCGACCCCGUCAAUGGGCCACGCGGCGACUUUCAGCCCGUCCACCACAUACGCCUCCCCGACCUCGGGCACGACGGCGAGCCCCUUGCUUAGCCAGGCCGGCUGGCCCGCGCCUGCGCAUAAUCGGCACAUCCACACGGAGUCGUCGCCGGUGGUAUCGGAGGCGUCCAAGACCAUCCCGGGUAUCGUCCGGGACCUGGCGCGGCCGUUGCCCAAGAGGAUCACCUCGUUGGGAGGCAGCCCGGUAGAGAGCUACAAGAUCCAGGUCGCGUUCCCGCCGCCGCCGCCACCCAAGAAGAGGUAG